AUGCUUGGUAUUAUCGAAGAUGUUCCAGCUCCUGUAGACUCCAAAGAAUCUACUCAAGCUUGCUAUGUCUGCUCUCAUCCUACGGCAUCUCCUCAUUUCGGAAGCAUCUCAUGUCUCGCAUGUGCAGCUUUCUUUCGACGAACUGUUGCAUUGGAGUUACAAUUCAAAUGCAGUAAAAAUGCAAAAUGUCGAGUGUUUCAUGAGCUUCGAAUGUCUUGUCGCGGAUGUCGAUUCAGCAAAUGCUUGAAAGUUGGAAUGAAACCGAAACAUGUCUUGAAGAGAAGACCGAAUACCAGUGAAAUGAAAGAUAUGCAAUCCUUCGAAGAACCGACAACAUCUAUCUAUGAUCACUGCUCACUCGAUAGUCAGAUUCCUGAAUUAGAAAGCGUUGAGCCUUCUGUAAUGGAUCCACACUUCUUCGCUCAACCUAGUGAUCAAUCUUCCUCAGCACCAUCAUACACUCGGCUGGAAAAUCGAAUGAAAGCUUCAACUUCUAGUCAUGAAGCUCCGCAUAGUUCAGAGAUUACGAUUUCCCCGUUAGGCAUUGAUGGUGUUGUCUUGUUGGAACAUUAUGUAACUGAGCUCCAUAGAGCGAUGGAUCGUCGAUGUAUCAUGUUCACUUCUGAUCCUUUCCGAGCAAUGACCGGCACGUAUAACACAGUGCCUUAUUCAUUGAACUUUGAACGCACCCACACAAUGAAGGGCCAAGUCGAAGGACAGAAGUUUGAUCAUCUUCUAGCUUUUGAGUAUUGUCAAGGAUGUCCCGGCUAUGACCAGAUGACAGCCGAUGAAAGGAUUAUGUUUUUCCGUACGGCGACCAUGUCGUUCUGUGUCCUUGAUAUCGCUUGGAUAACAUCUCAAGCCACAACAUUGGAAGAUAAACUCAUCAUGUACACAGACGGGAGUGUUUCCUCUGUCGAGGAUUUGAGCGUUGGUUGGGACGAUGAGGAUGGACUAAAAUCAGAGGAUAAAUCGAAUUACUUCCUAGGCAUUCUCCAACGAUUCUACUUUGCCCUAGUCGUUCCUUUCUUUGAGUACCAGUUAGAUGAAGUAGAGUAUGCAGCUCUGAAAGCUUUCUGUGUGUGGAAGAUGGGUUAUUGUGAGUUCACGCAGCAACUACGAGCAAUCGGCAAAGAGCAUGAGAGAGGGCUAUUGAUAGGUCUAAAUGCCUAUUACGAGAAUCGCGAAAACAGAGCUGAACGAUUAGGCAACAUAAUUCUCCUGAUGGGAUCAGUGUUUGAAGUCUAUCAUGCUUUCAUGGAAACAUAUCAAAGUGGUGACCUAUUCCGAUUAUUUCAAAUUGAUAACAUAAGCAAGGAGCUGAUCUGGAAAUGA